AUGAUGCGGCGACGGCAUUGCAACUAUUACGCCCAUCGCGGCGCUAGUAGCGCUCAAAAUACAAGCCAUGAGCCGCAUUCUAUAUCUGUAGAUGUUUCUAAUACAACUGACGUAUUAUCCAGUGCAGAUCCAGCCUCUGGUAGCUCGAUUUUGACCACAGGAGGCUCGACAAUCCAUGGAAAUGUCAAUGUGCGUUUAGACAUGAAUGCUAGUGCUCUUAGUGUCGAUGCUACAGGCUCCGUAGCUGUAUUAGCAGGAAGAAAAGGACUUUAUAUAUUGGAUCUAGAUACACCCUUGGUGCCACCAGCUACAUUGUACCGCCAAACGAAGCUUGAAGUGACAGUUGUCAAGUGUAAUCCGCAUGUUUUAUUUAAGAGUCAUGUGGCCUCUUCUAGCAACCGAAAUACGCUUAUAUGGGACAUUUCAAAUGUUGGAGCUGGGUCUGGAACAUUGGCUUCCAUUGGAACAGGUCAGGGAUCGUCUAGUGCUUAUGAACGGAGUCAAAACAAUGGAGGAGGAGUCAGUGGGAGUGGUGGAUCACAUACAACCUCACAGCCUCUUGUAACGACGCUGAGAGCUCAUACUCGACCAGUAAGUGACGUCGCGUGGUCAACCAUGGAGCCUUUGUUGCUAGCAACAUGUUCGGCGGAUGCAAAGACACUGCUAUGGGAUAUGAGGUCGCCCCAGAGACCAGUACAGACAUUAAAUGCCUUCAACACAAGUGUCGUGCAAGUGGAAUGGAAUCGAGUAGAUGCAACGUCAUUAGCUACAGCACAUGACGGAGAAGUGAGAGUGUGGGAUUUACGUACUGCUGCAGAAAGAACGGUCGCCCCAGUGGCUCUAAUUACAGCACAUAUGCAGAAGAUCUAUGGUCUUGAUUGGCAUCCACAGCGGAUGUAUGAACUGGUGACGUGCUCGGAAGAUAAGACAGUCAAGUUUUGGGAUGUGACACAGCCAAGAGUCUGCCAGGGAACGUUAAAUACAGGUGCGCCAGUGUGGCGAGCUCAAUACACUCCAUUUGGUGAUGGGCUGGUGACUAUCUCGCAGCGGAUGGAUAACAUAAUAAGACUAUGGGCUCUUUCGCAUAGUGAUGGGGAAAACAGACGUAAUGUAGAUGGCGGAGAUCUGGAUGUUAGUGGUGCUAAUGUGACAGCUUCUGUCACAGCGGAGCUGGUGCAUUCGUUCGUAGGUCAUUGUGAUUUGGUGAGGAGUAUGGCGUGGCGUGUUCGUCCUCAGACGAGCGUAUACCAGCUGAUAUCGUGGUCAAAAGACCAAGAGUUGCGCAUGUGGCAUGUAGAUGUGCCGCAACUUGAGGCUUGCGGCUACAACACCGCGUCGUACCUUGCUGAUGCUGCUCCUUCCGAGAUCAAUAAUGGUAAUGCUCGCCAGCACUCUGAUGCCUACCGAAUUAUGCAUGCUGAGUUUGCUGGGAUGCAUGCGCAACACUCCAAGUACAGUUUGUCCGCUCUGAAAACCGAUUUUGUACCGCUUGUGGUGCCAAAGUCAGCAGUGCCACUAAACACAGAUGAAUACACGUUGGAGGGCAACAAUAGUUCGUUGCAAGCUCUCCUUGCACUUGAGGAAGAGCUUAUUGAAGGAGGCAAGCCUCAAUCUCAACCAGAGAGCGGAGACGAAGAAGAAGGGACAAUGUCAAGGACUGAAGAAAAUGAUGAUGGUUAUACAGACAAUUCUGCGAGUACAAAGGAAAGAUUCGCAAACUCCAGCGGUGCAAGAGCGCUACCGUGUCCUCGUAUUUCUGGCGCCGCUUUCAGCGGUCCUAAUAUGCUGCUGGUGUUCGAUUCACGGGUUGCAAUUGGCCAAUCUCGCAGUUCAAUAGUUCCAACUGCUGUUGCUGCGGGCAAAGAGAGCAAACUGCAGGUGGCUUCAAACAAGCUACCGCGCACCUAUGAAGAGUUGCUCGACUUACGAGACUCCCGCUUUGCAACAAAGAAGAACAAGAAACCACCUGUAAAACUUCUAUCGUCAGCUAACAUCAUGGGCUCUAUGGACGUUGGUUCAAAUGAUUGGUCAGGACAGCAACAGCAGCAGUCGCAAGAACUAAUCGACAACGGUGUUCUUGUGGGUGUAUUCGGUGAAGACAUCGAUAAUCAUGCUCGUUCUGCCCACGGGUAUUGUCACUCGUCCAUGUAUUACUCCUCAGGUAGUGGUGGUCCAGGUGGAAACGAUGACAUUUUAGCUGGAGUGAAUGAAACGGAGCCCUCCAUUCACGAAGGACCCAAAUAUUCAAAUACGUAUUUCGCAGGUGCCGAGUAUCGUUUACCCAUAAACAAUCCGGAACAUCUUCUCUCAAUGUCCUCAAGCGCUGUUGCUGGUCUCCAACUCUCUCCUCGUGUAUCAGUUCGUCCAAGUACUGCAGAGAGGUUGAAGCGUGUGGAGCAAGCUGCGCCGGCUCUCAACCUCGAUCUCAGUAUCAGCGUAACCAUUCUUGACCUGUCCAAGCUUUGUGGUGUGUCUUCAAUUCUAAUGUACCAAACAGACCUUGUCCCAGGACGUGUGACUCCGUCGGCGGCAUCACCGAAGGCCAGUAAUGCGGCAAAGCGGAAGAAGAGUCAGCUUGGAUUUGUCAACCGCUCGAUGAUAUCCUGGAUGUUGCGAGCAGCGGAAGAUAGGUCCGGCAGGCGUGCAUCAAACAAUAAUCUGAGCCGUGUACUACAAAGUUUAUUGAACGAGAACUCUGCCGCCAGCGGGCUAAAGAAAGACGAAGAUACCUUGUUUGACGAAUCUUGCACCGCAUUAGCUGCAACGUGCGCACAAAACUCACACACUGCAAUGCUAGCAGGUCGACAUGAUUUGCAGCAAAUUUGGUCGCUUUUGGAGAUCUCAGCGGCACCUGAAGUAAAACUACCCAUUUACAGGAAGAACAACAAGUUGUCAACAUCGGUUUGUUUGCAAACCUCGCAUCCUUGGAGUGCGCAUCCUCUCGGAAAACGUCUUGUGCACAAAGUUCUUGACAUGUACGAACAGGCAGGAGAUGUCCAAGCUCUAGCAUCAAUUGUAUGUGUGUUGAAGCCAAGCGAGUGCAAGGUACAGGAUGAAAUCCGCAAAUCAGUCACCCCUUCGGCGAUUACGAUGGAAAAUCAGCUACCAGUAGUGCGUGAGGACAGACGUUCCAGCAUUGAUGAGGUAAGAUCUAGUAAUCCUGGAAAUGCUGCAAGUGUAGCUAUUGGAAUGCGUUCUCGACGUUCGUCGUCGAAUGCUCUAUCGCAAUUGGCAAUGAAUCUGGCCGAUUCAAAUGAUGCACCUCCUCCUAUGAGAGGCCCUCGUCGAUCUAGUAGCCAUAGUGAUGCUCGACCACAGGGACUGCUCACCGACAAAGACGCCGCGUUUCUUCGUGCAUCGAAAGACUGGUUGUUGGUAAGCGGCGGUAAUACCAGCACUGCAUCCAGUCGACACUCGAGUCCUAUCCAAGAUCGCACAUUGAGUGGUUCCUCCGGAUUGAGCACUAUGAACCGUGACACAUUAUACAAGGCGUCAGCACCUGCCCAACACACUAGUUGGAAGAUGGACUUUGAUCGUUUGGAAAAUCCCUUCAAGACAUGGAGUGGGAAUUCUAGCAAGGACGCUCCUCCACCUCGUUUAACCGCCGAUACAUUCCAGCCUCCGAGUCCAGCUAUUAAUGAAAAAUCACCCGCGCCUUCAAUGAAAGUGACUGCAUCUCCACGACCGAUCGUUGUACCACCUUCUCCUCUCCAUACAUCCCUCAGUACAACAACAUGCAGAGAAGAAGAGAUGGACGCGAAUGAUCGUGUGAUACUACAAUUAACUUGUCGCUCGGUCGAUGAUGAAAAGUGUCUGCUCUCGUUACAAGAAGAAGACAAAGCACGUUAUGAUGUUUACAAGGAAGCGUAUGCUGCUGUGUUAUAUCGCUAUGGUGCAAUGAAUCUCCGCAAUGAAGUAUUGAAAACAAAAUCUCAUGGAACGCUAGAUGUACGAGGCAUUGCCAUGGGAUUAAUCUGCAGCUCCUGUAAUGCAAAAACCAUUGAUCCAGUCUGUACAACAUGUCGAGACUUUGCAAUGCGUUGUUCCCUAUGUCAACUCGUGAUCCGUGGUCAAUCCAUGUUUUGUAUGACGUGUGGACAUGGUGGACAUGCUAUUCAUGUUCGUGAAUGGUUUGAACUUGAGAAAGCAUGUCCGACUGGAUGUGGAUGUUGGUGUAAACAUGCUACUGCUACAAUGCCAGCGUCUCAAUUAGAACAACAAGAGACGGAAGAACAGAUUGUUGUCACUUUAUCCAGAGAGAGAGAGAGUAUGCGAGGAAGUGGUUUGAGUAUCGAACGCUUUAUCAAGGGCAAAGCCCAGCGAUCAAAGAGGGAUGCAAAGAGUAAGAAGAAGGUUCUUAUUCACAAGGCAAAGCGUCGACGACAAUAUGAAAAGGUUAAAAAAGAAUGUCAAGAUCAAACUGGAUUAACGGGUGGACAGGGAGAGACCGAUACGAGUAAAAGGUCAUUCUAUGACAAGUUUUUCAAUCAACUUCGAAGCGGUGAAGGAGAUGAUGACGAGACGAAAGAGGUUGAUGAUACACGUCGUGGAAAGCGACGAGAGGAACAAGAAGAAGAAGAAGAAGAAGAGCAAAAGGACGUGGUGAAAAAGCCUGAUCCAUUUUAUAAAGCAAAGAAAAAGGCAGCAGUUAUGAAGAUGGAACAGCAAAGAGCUCGUGAAGAGAAGCAGAAACGACUAGUUGCGACGGAGAAGAAAGUGAUACAGCGGAAGAAGCGUCAUGUGAAACUAAGUCAGCGCACGGUGACAGGACAACCAGUAAUGAAGAACCACAUUCACGAUAUUCUGUCACGAUUACAGACAGAGAAGAAGAAGCCACAAAUGUAG